CGGAAUUGUAUCAACGCAUUUCUAACCUAAGAAAAUAGAUUUCUUUUGUAUUAAGUAUUAAGAAAUAUAAGUCUUUGUGCCGUUUAAAUAUAAAAAAGUUACAAUGAAAAAGGGAUCAUGGUUUAUGCGAGAAUGCGAAAUUAUCAAGGAAAUUCCGGACGACUCGGACAAAUCAACAACGCUAGAAAGACUUAUAAAAGAAUUGAAGAUAGAAAUAAUACGAGAAGAGGAUAGAGAGCUAGAAUUUGAUAUAAUUGGCUGUCACACUUCAAUAGUCAACGCGUACCGCAGAAUACUCCUGAGUGAAGUGCCAAGUAUGGCUAUUGAGCAGGUUUAUAUUGUGAACAACACUAGUCUAUUGCAGGAUGAAGUACUUGCGCAUAGAUUGGGCCUUAUACCUCUUCAGGCAGAUGCUCGACUUUUUGAAUAUCCUCCUAAUGAUGGAAAAGCAGAUGACGAGGUUAGUGAUCAAGACACUCUAAGAUAUGAACUCAAAGCUACAUGUACUGUAAAUCCACAAGCGCCAAAAAACUCCCAUCUUCCAGAGGACAUGUAUAGAAAUAGCAAAGUUUAUAGUAAAGAUAUUAAAUGGGUACCUAUAGGCCGGCAGGCAGAUAUGUUUCCACGUGGAGCAGAACAGAUGGGCGUGCUAGAGAAUGAUAUAUUGAUAUGUAAAAUGCGUCCAGGUCAUGAGAUCCAUGCGUUUAUGCAUGCUGUUAAGGGCAUCGGCAAAGAUCACGCCAAAUUUUCUCCCGUGGCCACUGCAUCUUAUCGCCUCAUGCCAGCCAUUCGGUUGACCAAAUCUGUAAGGGACAAGGACGCAGAUCUUCUACAAAGUUGCUUCAGUCCGGGCGUGAUAGAAGUGAUAGAACAAGAAACAAACUCGGGACAGAAGUACCGAGAAGCGCGUGUAAAGAAUGCUCGUUAUGACAGCUGUGCCAGAAAUGUCUAUCGUUACGAUCAAUUGAAGAAUUGUGUGGAGCUAAGUCGUGUAAAAAAUCAUUUUAUCUUCACUAUAGAAUCUGUGGGAACGUUAUCUUCAGCAGUAUUAUUCACAGAAGCUGUUAAAGUGCUUAAAAACAAAUGCAGAACAUUUCUCGCAGAACUGGACCGCACUGGAAAAUAAAUUUGAGCUAAAUAAAUUUAAAAUAAAAUAAA